UGGGCUUGGAGCAGGAAGAGGGGCCUCAUGGAGGGGUCCCAUCCAGGUGCCAGCUCCCAGGCUGGAGGUGCUUCUGAGGCAAGCUUGGAGGUUUUGGAGCUGCCAGCCUUGGAGCAGGGCCUAGAUUCCAGGCCUGGCCCCAGGCUCCACGUGCAGCUGCCCCCAGUGCCUGCCCAGGGGAGUGCUCAGCCCCUCAAGAGGCUCCAGGUUUCCCUGCAUGACAUCUUACAUCCCAGAUGCCUCAGGGAUCUCUGUAGCACGUCACCAGGUCUCCGGAAGAGAGCACAGAUGGGCAGAGAGAGGCUGACAGGAGCGGAAGGGGCCAGCAGCCCCAGGCCCAGGGAGGUGGGAGACGAAGACGCGUGCUCUCCAGGGUGUGAUGGGAGAAACCCCACACUCCACAAAGAGGCGCCCCCUGGAAGGGGCCUUCCGUCCUCACCAGGCCCUAUGAGGUCACGAAGAAAAAGCAGGAAGUGUAGGGCCUUUUCCAAAGGUAGGAAAAGGGCUGAUGGCUUCUUGUGGCUUGAUCAGAGCCCUGAUGGGGACAGCCCGUCUGUGGGAGGCUCCCCCCAAGGUGCUGACCUGGAGUCCUUGGGGGGCCCCUGCAGGCCCCCCUCUCCCAAGGACGCUGGGCCUGGAGAUCCAGUUGGAAGUUGGGCUGCGCGUGCCUCAGGGGCGGAGGAGUGUGGACACUUGCCUGCUGCUGGGUACCAGGCCCAGCCAGGCAGCCCCCACGGCUCUGUUGGGUUCCCAGUGCCCUUGGGAGAAGAGUCCCUCAGGCCCACUGCACAGGCCCUUCUGCUGAACCCUGUGCUGUGUCUGGAAGUGCCAGGGGGGACUUCCACAGAGCAGCAGGAAGCAGAGCCCCUGCUGGGGGCUGGCACUGAGAACCAGGAGGAGCUGGAGGCCAAGGCCCAGCCAGCACCCGGGGAGAGGCCAGGGUGGGAACUCGCUGCCCCUGCCGAUGCCUGCUCCAGCUCCCCAGAGAGCCUGGACAUCUCCAGCUCCUCCCUGGAGUCCGCCACCAGCAAGGCCGACAUAGGCCCCCUCGAGGGGCAGAGAAGGCUAAGGAGAGGUCCCGCAUUCGGUGUCCAGGAGCACAGCACAGAUACAUGCUCAGACCACCCCUGCCAGGAUGAGCCAGAGGAAGCCAGCCCGGGAGGCUGCCCUAGACUGGUAAGUUGAAUCUAAGAAUUUGAAUAGGAAGGGCCAGGCCACCUCUUCACGCGAUGCUUGGCGGUAGAAUUCAAUAGGGCGAAGCUAG